AUGCUAAUUUCAGACAACAACAUCAACUUACAGUCCUAUCCUCCCUUCUUUCGCCCUCACCUCGACCAUGACGCGGUUGACCGUGGCGGAAAGUCAACUAGACCAGAUUCUGAUUCCGAUUCCGAUUCUGAUUCAUAUUCCAUUCCGGAGAUAGAUUUCCACGGAAUGAGCCCCGAGAAUGUGGGCCGGGCUUGUAGAGAGUGGGGAAUGUUCAGGCUGGUCAACCAUGAGGUGCCGGAGAGCCUGUUGGGGCGGCUACAUGAAACGGCCCAGAUGGUGUUCGACCUGGGCUUUGAGUCCAAGCAGGGCCUUUUCAAAGAUCCUAUACUCUAUUUCUGGGGCAGCCCAGCAAUCAGCAUGGCCGGAAAUUAUGCUCGGCAGGCGGUGGACAGUGUAAACUGGUUGGAAGGUCUUAAUGUUCCUUUGGACAAGGCGUCGAAAUUUACGUAUGAUGAGCCACUUCUUGAAUCUUUCAGGUCUCUGUUGGAAGAAUAUGGCCAACACCAAACGAGGCUUGUCGACAAAAUAUUCGGCACGAUUUCCGAUGACCUCAACUUCCCUCCGGCGAAAUCGAACUCUUAUAUGUCAACGGCCACCGGAUUCUUACGAGUCUAUCGGUACCUCCAAUGCCCCACACCCAACCAGAAUUGGGGAAUUGGGGCCCACACGGAUAGCUCGGUUCUUUCGGUUCUCCACCAAGAUCAAGUUGGGGGCCUCCAAGUUUACAAGAACCGUAAAUGGGUCAACGUUCGACCGGUUUUCGGCACACUAAUUGUCAACCUUGGUGACAUGUUGCAGGCGAUGAGCGAUGACAAAUAUGUGAGCGUGACACACCGAGUGAAGGUGAACGAGCAUAAAGAGAGGUUUUCAAUAGGCUACUUUGUGUUCCCGGUUGAGAAUGCAGUGAUUGAAAGCUCGAAUUACAGGCCAUUCACUUAUGCUGAUUUCCAGGCGGAGAAGGAAUCGGAUUUGAAGACGUUCGGGAGAAAGAUCGGUCUUCCGAGAUUUAGGAAAGAGGCUUCAAGUUCCCACAUGCUAGAAUGA